AUGGGCACAACAUCUGUCAGACGCAAUCUCUUCCACCAUAACCUCAGCAGACGCCCGGUCUCUACUACGCCUGGGUCGAUGCAAAGUGGCAGGAGCAAUGGGAUUUCGGGUCCUGCCUCUCACACGCUACAGUCCUCUUCCGAGUCAAUGGGCCCGUCUCUGACUUCUGGUGCCUUGGACAACGGAGAUAUCGUGGUCAGGGACAAGAACGGUGGUUACAAGCUUGACAUUCCUGUUCUCCCGCCUGCCAUUACCGGCGAAAAUGGCGACGGUAUGGAUGGUUUGGACGAGGGUGGAACUGGCGGGGGAGCAGGAGCUACGGCUGUCGAUUCAGCUAGCCAAACUGAGAUCAGCGGGCGAGAAAAAGAAAAGAUCGAGGCAAGCCUAGCAGAAAUGAUGUAUCGAAACAGAAACAGACAAAUGAGCAACGAACCAGCCGAAAUCCUCAAUCUCAUCCAUCAAAGUCUCCGAAGUAGAGUAGCGGCGCUCGAGGAAGACAACUGGAUGUACGAGCCAGAAGUAGAUUCACAUGCCUAA